GUCGUCACUUAUGGGCGUCUAUUGAACCAUCGCUUGAGCGACCUACUUGAACGCUUGAUCCUCAGGGCAUAGCUUGCUGCGUUCUCUCCAAUCCUGAAAUGCUCCUAGUCUCACUCCGACCAUGACCACACCUAUACUUCGAGUCGAUACAAGCGUUGCCGACGCAAGUAGAGACCGCAUUCCCUUCUCCCCCGGCCUAGACACCGCAGGAAACCGCGCUCACAGCCUGUCCCAAUCUGUCCUUCCAGCUCUACGCAUCUCCGUCUCUCCGACUGUCGAGAAAUUUCCUAUUGAACUUGGCGAGAAGCAUAUAGAGGCACCGGGAAGCAGCAAAGCCCGCAAUGAGUCUCGGAAGCUACUCGCGCACCUCUUGUCACAGUUGCAGAACAGGCCCCUGCCUCCGUCGAGUUUGCAGGUGACCCAGAACGUCGUUGCGCAGGCGGAGAAGGGCUUCGGCGCAGUGGUUCAGACUGUCAAAACUGCCGUCAAACACAGGCGUACCAAGUCCGAGGCGAAGGCUAUGAAGGGCAUGCAGGCGGACGACAGCGAUAGCGACUUGGAGGACGACGCCGUAUUCACGACCGACAUCACGUUCGACUUGAUGAGCCAGCUCAAGGAUGUUUUGAUCAUAUCCGCCUUGCAGAAGUGGGAUAUAUUGAAUGACAGUGCCAUGCUCGAUCCGAACACCAAAACCAGGGACUCUAUGCGCAAUAGGCGCAGCGUCGGGCGGAGGUCUUCCAAUGGCUCGCGUACUUCCGCUACAAGCGCUAUGGGCUCGCGAAGCCCAACGCACCUCUUGUCCCAGUGUAUCGCGACAUUGGCAUCUGUUGUCGCUGAGGACUGUCGUUUCCGGACAGCUUCGCCUCGACCCUCUAGACCACCAAAUGCUCUGCAGUCUGUGACCCUGGACGUGGCGCAAUUCCUUAUUCAUUCACACCGACAUGAUCCUAGCGUAUUGUCGCAGGUCGCGUUCGCCACCAUCCCUGCGUUCCAUACCUUCGACUCAGUUAUGCAUGCACGUCUCCUGGCUUUCUUCGAGGAAGGCUUGAUAGGUCCCAUGAUUGAUGAUUUGAAUCGGCUGCGAAACUCCACCAGCACCCUAUCAGCAAGUACCACGUUCGGGAGUUCUGACCAAGACGAGCCACCUAUGGUCUCUAUCAUGGUCGAGCAAGCAGACGACGGUAGCCCUGCCCCCGAUCCUGAUUCGGCUUGGCGACGGUGGUCCAAUUCUUCUGCUGCUGCAGGUGUUGGAACUCGGCCAACUUCUGCUCCAGGGCAGGAUCUCGCAAUAUACCAACUCUCGUCUUUCAUCCCUGCGUUACUUGCUGCCAUCCUCGAGAAGGUCGAGAAUACAGGCACCUCACAGCUGCCGGUCAUCUACCGAUUUCACCGUCUAUUCGGCAGGAUCAUCGAAGCCAAACCAGACGUCUACUUGGAUGUCCUUUCAGUCAUUGCUUACCACACGCCCAGAGCGAGGUACUCCGCGCUGUCGCUCCUAUCCUCAUACUGGCCAAGGUCAUUCGGUCACCUGGCGAUUGCCAGAGCGUUUCCUCUGAUCUCAUACUCCGCAUCCGCGAAUCGUGCUACCCAAGGUACUGUGUACGGUCGCAGAGUGCAAGAGAAUCCACAUGCGCACCAAUUCGUUCCUUGGCGUUUCGACGUGCAGAGGCUGCCCGCACUAUUUGAAGGCGUCUCGCGGGGUGACUGCAAUGCGUGUGGCAGGACUGUCACUGGAUUUGGUCUCCUCUGCCCGUUCUGCAUGACCUCCGUCCACUUCGACUGCUAUGACUAUCCGGACGGGAGCCAGUUCUCACAAUACUCGGUGGCUGACGAAGGCGACAGACAGAGGAUUGCCGUCUACCGCUUCUGUCACAUCGCGCCUCACAGACGCGAGGCGCAGAAUGCUGCUGUGACCAAAGGGCAGCAUACUUUUCGCCCCGUCAAUAUGUUCAGCCUUACACUGUGCUUGCUGUGCCGCCAACCGCUCUGGGGCUGCGUCAUGCAAGGGCUGCGAUGUAUAUCGUGCAAACAGUACGCUCAUGCAUCCUGCUUAGAGCGGGCCUCCGACUCCCUUCCUCGCUGUCGGUCGGUAGCGGUCGAUGACACCUCCGUGACAAUCGAAUGGUCCUUGCUGUGCAGGUCGUUCAACGACCACUAUCACGAUCUGAUCCUGGAUGAAGACGAGCUUGCGCGGAAGACCUACGAAGAAGUCUCGGUAUACCAUGGUGUUCUUUGGCUGCAGCUCAACAUUCUUCAGCACGGUGUUGCCCUCGGAUCCCUCGUCGUGUCGAAGGACGGCCAGCCCACGUCCCCAACCACAGAAUCUCCUAUUCACGAAUUCGAGCUACACCAUACGGUCUCCCUAUACGAAAACUACCUGGCAUCGAAUCAGCUACCAGUUUCCACGGUCCUCGCAGACCACUUGCUAGAGAAUGGACUCCAGGCCUCCGAGGUGUCGCUUCUCUUCGAGUGGCGUGUUCUUGCUUUGAUGACAAGCGUAAUCAAAGCCCCUGUUGUAGAAGCGACCCCGACAGCACCGAAUGCCUCUAACUUCCUGGCAGUCGACCGGGCAGACAUGUUGGCGGGUACUACGGCCGAUCCCUCCUCUUCCUCAUACGAGAUAUUCCCUCUAGCCCACAUCCGAGAUCAACUAGGUGGCCAGCUGCACUUGUACGCUGAGCCGGCGGCCAAGUAUGCCCUGGUCCACCUAGCGCAUCUAGGAUUCUUCCAGAGGGUCGAUAACCAGCCUGUGGUCUUCGACGACACAUUCGAUCAUCGGGAUGCACUGUGCACCUCACCACUCCCUGUGGGUCUCGAGGCUUCCCCGGAUUUGGAAACGCUUGUCUCCGCCGUUGAAGCCUGUCUCUCAGACCUCGACCUAUCCGUGAGCGAAGGUGGCUUGCUACUCCUUGUGCGACGGUUCUGGCCGGAUGGCUUCAUGACUGACUAUGCCUUGCGGAGAUUAUGUGCCGCCGUAAUCUCAUGGGUGGUUUCGGAAGAUCAUAAUCUCGCCAUCAUGCUGCGUGACUAUGUCGCGAAGGGACGCAGUCUGCCCGGUGUGCGCGCAGGGUCCGAGAUGCCGACAUGGCCUUCUCAAUCCCAAACACGUCCCACGACGACCAGUUCCACCAACGGUGGAGACUACGUCGCUGCGCGCCGGACGCUACUCGAGAAGCAUGCGGCAGCAUGGCUGCUAGCACUUCACGACCUGAACGUGGACAGCUACGCGACAAUGUUAUACGACGUGCUCCUGGAUAUCGCUGAGGACGGAGACGUGGUGGACGAGUACUUCCUUGGGAAAGAGGCUGAUGAUCGGCAAAUGAAGCGCCAACAUUCCGCGGCGGACAAACUACUUGGCAUGAUCGUCAAACUGAACCACGGCUCUGUCGUGUUCACGGCCUUCGACGACCUAUUCAAGAUGUGGUUAAGAAGAGCGCUUUCACUGACUCUGAAUCUCGAGCCCUUGCCGUCUCUUGCACGACUGUUCAACAGGGAAGUAGAAACGGCGCAACGCUUCAGCAGUGUCGUCGAGCCAAGAAGAUCGGUAGCAGAUGCAUCCGAUCUUGCUGCAAGUAGCGCACUGCGUGUUCUCGUGGAGACAGCGACAGCGAGUCAAGAAGGAUUACGAGAAACCACCCAUUGGUUGUGUCUCUGCGUGCGCUCCGGAGUGGACAUCUCCGUGCAAACUUUCAUCCAGCUGGCAGGCCUUGCCUCGCGAUUCAAUGCUGACCUGGCGGAUUGCUCUCUGUUGAUCAAAGCUGUCUUGUGGUCUACAUGGCUGAGGUCUGUAGGACGGCAGGAACUUCAAACGGUGGUUACCAGAGUCCAUGCACAACUCGCGGAGCAGGUCAUUGGUGCUCUCCGCGCAAGAGACAAUGUCAGUGACAUAAUCACGUUUCUUAGGCACUCGUUGGCCAUUUGCCUACUCUUGUAUGGCUGUGAAAGGAAAAAUGUGGUCGAUCUAGGAUUCGUAGACGAAGCAGAAAUCGCUGGGUUGCCGUCAAGGCGAAAACUGCAUGCGAGGAACAUGACGAUGACAGAUACCGUUGUCAUCAGCACAUCGUUCAUGGACAUACUGAACAAGUAUGUGGAGACGAACAUCGACGAUAUUGCUUGCCUGGCAGCCAAGUUCCUGAACGCAUUCGUGAAUGACGCACCUUUCAUCGAGUCCUUUGAGGUCGACAAUUUCAUCCUGCAAAAUGGGAAUGUCCUGUCUGCUUGCGCCUGGCGAUUUUACGCCGUUCAGCGGCCGGAUCUUUCAUUAACAAGACCAGCCCUCCUCCUACGUAUCCUCGUCGUGGAUUCAAACCCUCUGCAUGCCCUACUCGAUAGCGCCUUCUCCGUCGACAGUCCAUGGGAAACACGACUGCAGGCCGCCCAUCAUUGUUUCCGCGUAAUCCUUGACGUCACUAAUCCGGCUUUCAACGUUGAAGGACGACAGUGGCGAACGAGCGUUGCGACAAUUUUCUAUCAUUUCUUCGGUUGCUUAUGGGCGGAUGAUAGAGAAGAGGUCAGGACAGCUGUGAAUACGUGGUGUCAUACAUUGUUGCAAGCCCACUUUGGUGCCAUAGCCCUAUGUUGGCAGGAUGUACUAGCAACGUCGCCAAUCUCGGAUCGUGCACAGCUGGUCUCAUUUUUGAACCAGCUUCAUUCGCAUUUUCCUACGUGGCAAUUCUUGCCUUGGGGAGUGUUGACGGAGACCUUGAUCGAGAACGAAUUCAUGCAACGGGACAACGAUGAAUUGGCUGCGGAUCAUUUGGCUAUGUACGGACUGUCUUCUGAAGGACCAUCCGAUAAUCGUGCACGUAUUGACCCCGAUGUUGGCCGACUGAAAGUUUCUUUGCUUUCACUGGCUCUACGAAUGCUCUCCAGCGGGAUACCGAUCGAUCGGACGUCACUGUUGAAGGUCAAGGACCAGCUUGUUCGAGUACUCGGCUACCAGAUGGUCUCAUUAGUCCCCACUCCGAACGGGCGUGGAUUCCAUGUUCGCUUCUAUGAUCUGGGCUCGAUCCCCGACUCUGCGCUGAUAUGCCUCAAUGACCUGAUGCUGGUGCUGGACUCCGCGCAAUCAUACGACGUAGCGCCCUCGAUGAUUGGUGGACCCUACUUUGAGGAUGAGACGACCUCGUCGUUGCUCAUCGGGUCGAUCUUCGUGGACGUGCUCAUUGAACUCUGCGUAUCAACCGAAGACAUAGCGGCGCUCCCGUUCAUCACCUUCAAGAACGUUCUCAAGUCCCUUAUCAUCGUUCUAUACAAACAUGACUUCGACAGCCGGCCGCUCCGGCACUUGCAAGCCAACCUUCGUAAAGCCGUGCGCCGAACAUUGGACCUGGCACUUGAGGAGAACAAUCACGAGCUCCGCCAGCUCGCCUUGUCCAUUUCUCAAAUCUUCAUCAAGAGGUGGUCGACAAUGGCAGGGAACUUUCCGAUCGAAGCUAUCGAGUCAGUAUUGAGACUGAUGACGAACCUCCAUCAUGAACAAAAUGCGGAUGAUGUACUGGUCGAGCAGAGCAAGACGUUCUUGGUUGCAGUCUUAUCGAUCUUCGCUUCGGGAGGGAUCAUGAACGCUCUGUUCAAGAGGUCACUGUCAGCGGACGCGUUCGCCUCUCUGCGACAUGCUCUAACUCCCGUUGGGAAGGCAUCUCGUGGUGUUGCGAUUCAGAUGGAGCUCAUGGACAAACUGCUGCGUGACACAAUGACCAGAUCCCUCGAUAACGACCCGGAAUCAUUCCAAAGCGUCGUGGAUAACGUGUACACGUACGUGGAUGUUGUGCAUAACACAGGGUAUAGUACGGAAAUGUUGCAAGCUGUUGGCAUCUGGCUCACCGGCGUUGCGCGUCGAGCCGCAGAAUGGCCUCAAGGUACCGUCAAUCCCAGCCCCCUCAUCGUCCUCGCCUGUACUCUCAUUCAACACCAUAAGGCUCAGAGCCGGGAUCUAUUGGGGUACUUAGAAACCCUCUUGCGAGCGACUCUCACCCGCUGCGUUAUCUCGGCGACAAGCCUGACGCGUGUUGUUGAGGUUACCUCUCAGCUGUACCGAAGGGCCGUACAAGGCACUGAUGUACUACUCGUCAACCCCAUCCUGCUCGUCUUAUUGGAAACGAUCUCAGAUGGUGUCAACAUGAGAGCCCGUGCGACGGGGGCUACUCUUGCAUCGUCAUUCGAGGCGAUGUCCGCUACGAUCGCAGUAGGCUCAAGCAAUCCAAAGGCUGCUGUUCUCACCAACGAACAGAUCAACAAGCUCAGUGUGGACACGUUAUCGUUCUUGUGCCACGACAGCCAGCUAGAGCGUGACAAUGUUACGUUGUUCACUUUCGAUGCCUUGCUCGCAGCAGCCAAUCUGUUGGUCGACAUCGCCCAAUAUCAGACUGGCGCAAUAAGGCUCUGGCAACGGACAGCAACUCUUCGAUCCUGGAACAUCCUGAUUUUGGCAGCUCUACAGAGUCGACACCAAAGAUCAGCAUCUCUAGUCCUGGACCUCUUCACCACCUUCGUAUCUGCCUAUUGCAGUGCACUAGCCGGGUUUCAGCGCGUCGCAAUGCCGUACCAAGCACUGCAGCAGAGUCCCGCCCACACUGAUGUCAGCGGUGCAUAUGCCUCUAUCAAACUGUGGCUCCUGCUUGCCGGACACGUCGAGGUCCAGAAGCAACGGUCUGUUGAAGCCAUUGGCAGUCUACGAGAGGAAGACUAUACAGGAACCGAGACAUUACUCACGUCGAAGAUGAUCUGGAAUGAACUAUGGCCUCCAUUCGAGAGAGCGAUGAGCGCUCUAGAAGCUGAAGUUCACGCGGGCAGCGGCACUCCUAUAGCAUCCACCCUGUGGGCUUCCAUCGCCGACCUCUUACUAUUCUUGCGCCAGUCGCGCUCGGUUGUCCUUGACGCAUCGUCAGAGCUCACUAUACUGGAGCGGCUCCGAGGUGUCAUGCGAGGCGAAUCCAAGCUCAUGCGCGUCGCGCGAAGCAUGAGUGAACCACCUCCUAAUCUGCCAUUCGAGUUCUUCGUCAAUCAGGUGGUUACAGAGCUCCGUGCAGAGGAAAAGUUGUUUGCUGCUCACCGGCAAGAUACAGCUCCAGAGAGAGGGCGGCGAAUAGUGAGUUAAGGGAAGCGGAAGGAGCCGUGUGGAACGCAUGGCGGGUCUGUGUAGACUGUAUGGUAUAUUCUAAAUUACACAUGCUAUCAUAAUGCGAGCGAGCGGACACCACGGUAUGCGUGGAACACUUCACCGCUGUUGUUCCUUGAUCGUGGCCAGGCCCAGGAAUAGAGAUAUAGCUGAUAGGCCAACAACCAGGAUAACAGCUGGUAUGCGAACAGCCCAUUCUCGUGAAGGGAAAUAAUCAUGAACGGGGCUGGAAACGUCGAAGAAGGGCUGUGAUACAGUGCAAUGAGGCCUCCAUGAGCUGCUACUGCGCGCAGGAGACUCACUAGCAGGAGUGUCCAAAUUGUGUAAUAAAUGAAUAUGGUUGCGGAAGCGAAGAGCAUUGCCCCUCCUUUAGCUCUGUCGUUCAUAGCCAGCAGUCGUUGAAUCGCAUAU